AUGAUAUCCGUGAUCUCCGUUAACCUCACGAAAAGUGUCAAUCAGCAGUCAGAGUGCCCCACGGCUUGCGUUGUUCAAAAAGAAAAAUCUUACCAGCAAUAUCAGAUAGCAUUGAAUCAGGCUGUACCUGCGCUUCAGAAUCAUCCAGAUGAACUAUACUCGUUAUCCAUGCAACAACCCGCACAGGUCGUCUUUCCUGUUGCUGCGCCGGUUAUGGCAAUCCAUUGCAGCAAAGUCCAAGUGCUGCUGUGGGAACACACACAUUUCGAGGGGAAAAAUGCUGUAACAUUGAUACCAAGCACUGCGCAAAGACAAAAGUUCUUAGAAGAGCACAAGUUACAAGCAUUACACGGCAACGGCCGAUUCUAUCUUAUCGAUGGAUUGAAGGACCUACGAAGAAAGGUCGAUAGUGCUUGGAAAAUUCAGAAAAAUGGAGGAAGCUAUAACUCUCUAUCUAGUAUGGCUGGCAAAUGGAGAAAACUUUCUGAAAUUGGAAAGUGA